AUGGCAUUAAGGCUUUUGUUCCUAAUGAACGAUAAAUAUUUCCAAGAGUACCGUCGCCUCGCAAAGGCGAUAGUGGAAGCUCUGCAAGACUCCAAAUUCGAUGAGGAACUGCUUUUCGACCUGAAGAAGGAGAAUCAAGUCUACCUUAACCGCACUAUGUCUUGUAUUAUCAAAUACGUUGUGAAAAGGGAGGUUGAUAACUACAGAUCGCGGCGCACGGACGCCAUCAGUCGCCGGAUAUAUUCCUCGCUCGUUAUGAAACUGAUCGACAUCGCAAAGGACUUGCCGCGCAACACUAGCGCCACGAACCGCAUCGAGACCGCUCACAGGUACUACACCUCGGUAGAAAACCGCGAACAGCACGACAAGAUGGCAGACUCGCAGGUGUUCCAUGCUUGCGCUAGACUCUAUGAUAUCAUGUUUACCACUCCCCGGGUAAUGUCACAUUUGGGCAAUCUGGAGGACUUAACGCCUAAGCUGCUCAUAAAACGCCUUAUGGGAAUGCAAAUCAAACCAGUUCAUUUUGCUGUCGCUCUUCUGAUUCAAUAUCACCUACGGAACACAAUCAACUUCGCAAUCCGCUCCAAGAGUCUGGAAGUGCUGAGUACGAAGCCUCAGAUGGUGGGGCCAAACGUCAUCGACAUGCUCAAGUCUUUAGCCUCCAGAUUGCUGCCCGUUGCCGAGUUGCUCGACAUACAUCUGGCAUAUUACAGUCCAGCCUUCAAAGAUACCUGCCCCACCACUUGGCUAGGCAUCGUCAAUAAUAAAAAGCCUUGA